AAAAAAUCCCUUGGUACAAAAUCUCUAUAUAAAGAUAAUAAACAUUCCGUCGCUGGCCAUAACUAGAAAAAGUGUUCCUUUGUGUUAAAAUCGCAAGCAGCAGUCCGGAGCAAUACCAGGAAAUUCUUUGGUAUUUUGGAACAAAAGAAAACAAAAGUGUGGCAAACUGAUAAACGUUUUCGUCAAAAUGACGGCCCAGACAACGGUAACGUAUCAAAAGUUCGGAGAACCGGCAACGAAUGAUUCCCCGCCCCAAAGACAACCGUCGUGCGCCGUUUUGGUGGUCGUAGUGCUUUUGGCCCUGACGAUGCUGUCUUUCACGCUGUUCCUAACACUUGGGCCCAUUUUGGGACUCUACUCGGCACCAUACUUCACGGCGUUUGACAAAGACGAUCCGCCACCGCACACGGAAUACGCUCGAAUGGCCCGCUAUCUCGUCCAUAAGGCCGAAUGGGUAUCGAUGGGCACACUUUCAACGGUGGAAGAAAUCAAAGGUUACCCGAUGGUCAACAUCAUCUCGGUCGCAGACAGUGAACGAGGGCAAAAAUCGACCGGCGUAAUGUACUUCUACCUUACCAUGCUCGACUACACGGCGCAGGAUUUGGACAAGGACAAUCGGCUGACGGUGAUGAUUUCGAUGGAUGAAGAUUUGGCUUGCACCAAGCAAGGCGUCGAUCCGAUGGAACCUACGUGCGGGCGGCUCAUGAUCUCGGGAAAAGCAGUCAAAAUUGAUCCAUCGUCGGACGAGUUUAAGUUUGGCCAAGCGGCUAUGUACAGCCGUCAUCCGGCAGCGAAAAAAUGGAUCAACACGCACAAUUUCUUCCUCUGCAAGAUGGACAUCGUGCAAAUUGCCGUACUUGACUAUUACGGCGGACCGCACUACGUUACCGUGGAAGAUUACAUGGCAGCGGACCCUGAUAAGAAGACAGAUGUCGCAAACAAGAGACGCAUUCCGGCUCGUUUCACAUCCGAAGAGCUGGAUUAUUGACUAAUUCGUGUACGUACAAGUGGAACAAGUGGACCUGUUAAAAAAAUUCAAAAUUCCAUUCGCGAGCUCAGGAAAG